AUGCCUGCGCACACGCUUGCCGCUCCGCUCCUCGGCGAACGUCGAACAACGCCACCGAUGCUUCUGAAGUACAUCCAGCACGUGCCCGCCGCGAUCUUCAUCACAGUGCUUUCUGAUGUGUACGCCUUCUCUUUCGGCCUGAUUUUGGUGCCUGUGGCGACCGGACUCCCCGUCUCGUCUGGACUGUCCAUCUACCUCCUGUCGGUCGUGUGCGGGCAGCUGGCAAUGAGCUUACUCAGCGGCUUCAAGCACGCCUCCUCCGGCGCCGCCUACGAGCUGGCCCCGCUCCUUGUGGACAUUGCUCUGACAGUGACGCCCUUUUGCGAGUCUUCGGCUGCGAUGGCGUCGACGCUUCUGGUCGCAAAUGCGCUGACCAGCGCCCUCGUGGGCACCCUCUACAUCGCCGUCAGCUGGCUGCGCCUUGGAGCUGUUUUCAGGUGCGUCCCCAACAUCGUGCUCAAGGCUGCGCUGACCGGCGUCGGCAUCUUCAUGAUGCUGUCAGGGGUGGAGAUGGGCGUCGGUGGCGAGGUCGGCGCGCUCGCGACGGCCGGCGGGCUAGCGCGCGCGAUUGGCUCCCUCGCUGCCUUCGCCGGCCUCGCGCUCACCCAGCGCAUCUUCGGCGGCUCGGCAGCUGCGCUGGCCUACUUGGGCGGCCUCUCGCUCGCCUUCAACGCGAUGCCGCUCGAGCGGAUCCUCUCUAGCGUCAUCCCCCCGCCCUCCGCGCCUCCGCCCAAGCCGCCCGCCGCCGCGUCGACGCCCGCUCAGCGCGGCGCGGGGCUCGCCCACGGCAACACUUCGCCGCCGCCGUUCGCGGUGUGCGCGUCGGAGGGACUCGCGUGUGCCCAGGUGUGCGCGUCGGAGGGACUCGCGUGUGCCCAGUUCAUCCCUCUGCCAGGGAUAGCGUCAGUGGAGCCGGUAGGACUCAAAACCCCUCAUAUUUGA